AUGUUUACUGUCACAGAGCAUCUUAUUAAAACUAUUAGAGACUCAAGAGCACAUUUCAUUAUUAUUCAAUUGGUGCCAGAGACAGCGAAUAAAACCCAAACUCUAAUCUGUCAAACCGAAGAGAAGACACUUGAAAUUGGAUUGACUAAAAAGACAUAUUUAAGCAUAUUCAAGGAAGCGCAUACCCAUUGGCAUGAGUUGAACACUUUGGAUAUUAAAGAUUAUUUGGAAAGGGCCAGCGAGAAGGAGGUAUGGGAACUUUAUUUAAUGACUCUAGGAUAUCUUAUCAGUACUAAUGAAAACCAUACUAUUUUUAAUAUACACGAGCUUGUGGUAAUGAAACUUUAUUAUAGAAAGGGAAGAUCAUUCUUAUUAGAUGAAUUUAACAUCAUGACUUCAUUCGCUUCAAGCAGACUAAAAAAGAUAAACAAAAGCUCGUCAUUAUGGUUUUGGAUUAAAAAGUUAACAUUACUUUUGGUUUUUAGCCAAUCGGGAACUGAUGAAGAGUCUGUGACUCUCUAUAGAAAACUAAUUGACAGGACAUUAAAGAGCGCUAGCUUGCAUUUUGCUAACUACUACGCUUUCAAUUUCUUUAGAUGGCUUCACCAAUUAAAUUGCGUAUUGGGGUAUAAGUCAAUAAAUCAGUAUAUGCUAGAAGAGCUUUUAUUGAAGUGUCAUCAAAGCCUUAAAGAUGUAUCUGUUUGGGAUACUCUUCUGGUGGUAUUACUUGGUGAGCCAAAAGAUUUCCGCUUCGCAGUUGAAGAAUAUAAUUAUAUUGCACAUGCCUAUUCGCUUAAUGAGAUUCAGUACGAAGAAGUAAAGAUGAAGAACAACGAGGAAUUGAUACUUAGAGAACUUUCCUGGCUUUUGAAUGUCAAAUGUCCAUAUGAAACUCCAUAUAUUUCUUUGAUCAAUGCCACAAGAUGUCUGCCGAACUUCGCAAUACAGCUUCUUGGUCAGAUAAAAAGAAAUUAUGAUGCAGAGCACAGGACGUUAGAAUUGCUCAAAGACUCCAAUGCUUCAAUCUAUGCUCAUCAUUCUACUUAUGUGAACUUACUAGCUCUAUUACUUCAGAAAAAUCGUAUACUGGUAAUCUCUGAAUAG